AUGACGACUCCUAGAUGGGAUAUGAAAUCAAAUUAUAUGCUUACUUUUACUGUUUGUAAAUAUGGUUUAAAUCCGGAACGAUGGGACUUAAUUGCAAAUGAUCUAGCUGACGAUAUCAAUACAACACCACAAAAUUGUAAAGCACAAUUUUAUUUAUUAUGUCAACAAUAUGGUCAAGAUUGGCACAAAGAAUCACUUGAAUCUCUUGAUAGUCAUAUUUUUUCAAUAGUAAAACGUCUUUAUUACGGUGAUCUAUGCGAACGAAUGACUGAAUCACGAGAUUUACUUAUGGUUAUGUAUGAUUUUAUACGUUUGUUUAAAAGUGGUCGAAUUAAACUCAAUGAUAUAAAUGAAAUUUUACAAGAUGUUAAAAAUAGUUCUAUAACUGAUAAUAAUACACAAGAUAAUGAACGAGAGCAAAAAAUAAAAAUGCUUGGACGUCUUAAAUUACAUAUGACACAACAUAUGUCACAAACAUCAAAUUCGCAAGAUUCUUCAAAUUCAGUUGAAUUAUUACCUCCACCACCUUUUUUUCAAUAUCAACCAACAAAUACAAAUUAUAUUUCACAAGAACAAUCAAUUGUAACAACAGAUGAUAAUGAUCGACAAGUGCCAUCAAUAGAUAAUCAUAAAAAAUCUGAUACAACUGAUAUAUCAUCAUUUCCAAUAAUAACACAAACCAAUCAUAUUUUUACUGAAAAUGAAAGUGAAUCAUCAAAUAAUUAUAAUAAUAAUAAUCAAUCAAAUGAAAUUGAUAUUGAUGAAAUAGAACUUAGUUCAAAUGAUGAUAAUGAUCAAACUGAAACAGUACAAACGUCUAAUAUUGAUGACUCCGUAACGAGUACAAAUUUAAUUAUGGAUCAAGAUGAAUCAACAUUUAUGUCAGGUGAACAAAUAGAAACCAAUGUAUCAUCAACUAUACCACCAAUACCUAUUGAAGUAUCGAAUUCAAGUGAUAAAGAUUUAUAUGAAAUUGUAAGUAGUAAUGGUGUUAGUAAUCAAUCAAUAUCUGAUACUCGAUUAUCAACUGAAGAACGAGCAACAUCAAGUAUCAACGGUCUACCAACAUCAUCAAAUCUUCAACUCAAUACAAAUAUUACUAGUUCAAGUGAUUAUUCUAAAUUAGAUAAUGAUCGAAUAGAAUCGACAGAAGAUCUAAAUCAUCAUUCGAUUCAAAUUGAAUCAAUUGUAAUAACAUCGAAACAUAUUUCUGUUGAUGAUAAUGAAAUUAAUCAAAUGGAUACACAACAUAUUCAAGACGAUAAUACUGAUGUUACAGGACUAAAUAAUAAUACUGACACUAGUUUUAUUGUUGAUGAAACCGUUUCGAAUACAGAUAUGUCUAAGAUUUCCAUAUCAUCAAAAACUAAUGAAAAUGAUGAAUCAACAAUUACAAGAAAUUCAAAUAGAAAAUCACGUUUGACAUCAAAUUCAUCAUCUAGUAAUUUUCGUAAAUCGAUCAUAUCAAUUCUUAAUAACUUAAAAACUGCUAAAUAUGGUUCUGAUUUUGCUAAACCACUUAAAUCAUUUAAAUUACCUGAUGAAUAUUAUGUUCGUAUUAAAAAACCAUUAGAUAUACCUGAAAUACGUGAACGUAUGAAUAAUGGUGAUUAUGAUGAUAAUAUUCUUUUAUUUGAACGUGAUAUUUUAUUAAUGCUUACAAAUGCUUUAUCAAUGUAUCAUCGAGAUCUUGAUAUUCAUGACCAUGCACAAUAUAUGAUAAAUUAUGCUAUGGAAUUAUUUUCACCUAUUGAAGAUGUUCGUACUCCAUGGAAAGAUGAUAAUGAUUCAUCAAAUGUAUAUCAUUCUGACCAGGAACAUAAUAGUAAUGAUAAUACAUUGAAUACUUCAUCAAGUAUUCAAACAUCUUUGACAGUAUCAAUAUCAUCAUCUAUUCGUGUUGAUUCAUCAACUAAAAGUCUUCGACGUCAAACAACAUCAAAUCAUCCAAUGAAUAAACGUCAACGUAAAACGAUUCAAUAA